AUGAGGCCUCAUCUCUUCAGCUGGCUUGCUCUCUUGAUGCUCCCCUGGGCCCAAGCCCUGAUCACCCGAGCAAACACCACGGCCCCAAGUCAAGAUGUAGUGACAUGGGACUACCACUCCCUAUUCAUCAAUGGCGAAAGGAUCAUCAUCAUGUCUGGGGAGUUCCAUCCUUGGCGCCUCCCCUCUCCAGGCCUAUGGCUCGACGUCUUCCAAAAGAUCAAAGCUCUGGGUUACAAUGGAGUUUCCUUCUAUGUCAACUGGGCCCUAGUCGAAGGUCAUCCUGGAGAGGUUCUCAUGGAUGGAAUUUUUGACCUCCAGCCCUUCAUAGACGCCGCCGUCGAAGCGGGGCUCUAUCUCAUUGCUAGGCCCGGGCCAUAUGUCAACUCGGAGCUAUCUGGCGGCGGGUUCCCUGGCUGGCUCCAACGAAACAAGGGCGAGUUGAGAUCCAUGGCGCCUGACUAUCUUAACGCUACUUCUACCUAUGUUUCCAAGGUUUUAGAAGUCAUUUCUGCAGCUCAGAUCACGAAAGGGGGCCCUGUCAUAUUGGUCCAGCCCGAGAACGAGUACAGCUUGGCAAACAUACCGAACAUCGCAGAGUCUUACAAAGUUCUUGACCCAAAGUACAUGGAAUUCAUGAAGAAGCAGUUCCGGGAGAAUGGUAUUGAACUACCCCUGAUCAGUAACGACGCCUUCCCUUUGGGAAACUGGGCACCCGGAUCUGGCGAGGGGGAAUUGGAUAUCUAUGCUCACGACACAUACCCCCUUUACGGUGGAUGUGGUGACCCAGCGAACUGGACAUCUCUGACCCCAUUGAGUCUUACGUACACGUACCAGAACCAUCUCCAACAAAGCCCGAGUACCCCGUACUCGAUAUUGGAGUACCAAGGCGGCGCACCCGACCCUUGGGGUGGCGUUGGGCUCGACAAUUGUGCAGCGCAGAUCAACCAAGACUUCGCCCGUGUCUUCCUCAAAGACCUCAUUGGUCGAUCCAUAAAGAUACUCAACCUCUACAUGACAUUCGGCGGUACAAACUGGGGCAAUAUGGGCCACCCAGAGGGAUACACCUCCUAUGACCAUGGCGCCUCUAUCCGCGAGAACCGCGGAAUCGAUCGCGACAAGUACAGCGAGGCGAAGCUUCAGGCACAUUGGCUGCAUGUAUCCAAGGCCUACUUGACUUCCGUACCCGAAAACGCUACGACGACGGAAUUUGUCAGCACACCUGAAUUUCAAGUCGUUCCAGUGUCAAGCAACGACACGCGAUUCUAUGUGCUCCGUCAUGUUCAGUACGACACAUUCGAGAGGACGGGUUACACGCUCACUGUGCCCACGACUUACGGUAAUAUCCACGUCACGGAUUACGACGUCGGCGGUGUCCAUCUGGUGUACUCUUCUGGUGAAAUCUUUACGUGGAAGAAGUAUCAAGACAGGAGAUUGCUGAUUCUAUACGGCGGAGAUGGCGAAGAACAUGAGUUUGCCGUACCAUCGUCGUUGGGUGAGCCAAUCUUUGAGGACGGGGUCAAUGUGACAAGCUGCGAGAUUGACCGACUGCGUAUUUUUCACUGGAAAGUCCAGGAAUCUCGGCAAGUUGUAUACUUUGAGGGUCUGGAGGUUCAUCUUCUUUGGAGAAACGACGCUUAUAAGCACUGGAUUGUUGAUCUCCCCGACCCGGCGACGGGGGUCGUCUCGCCAAGGGAGGGUGAAGCUUCUGUCAUCGUCAGAGGACCAUAUCUCGUGCGCAACGCAACGUUCUCCAACAACACUCUACAUCUGACUGGAGACCUCAACGAGACCACGACGCUGGAGGUCCUCGGCGGCGUACCCGAGAACGCCUGUCUUACCUUCAACGGCCAGACCCUUGAGCCUCUUCGACAAACUGGUGGACGCAUUGAGGCCGACAUCUCCUUUCACACACCAGACCUCGCACUCCCGGACCUUCAUUCCCUGAAAUGGCAUUCCACCAACUCUCUCCCUGAGAUCCAACCCGACUAUGAUGAUUCCGCCUGGACACCAGCAUCCCUGACCGAGUCCAACAACCCACGAAAUCUCACAACCCCAACGUCUCUCUACUGCAGUGACUACGGCUACCACGGCGGCUCCCUCAUAUACCGCGGUCACUUCACCGCUUCCGGCGCCGAGUCCCUCUUCAACAUCACCACCUCCGGCGGGCAAGCAUAUGGACAUUCGGUCUGGCUCGACAGCACCUUUCUUGGCUCAUUCAAAGGGGACCCUCACGUAUCUAACUUUACCCAAGCAUUCCAACUUCAACCCCUCGAUGCAGGAAGCGAUCACACCUUGACUGUGGUGAUUGACCACAUGGGUAUGCCGAUGAACUUCUACGUUCACUCUGAGGCGAUGAAAACGCCUCGCGGAAUCCUCGACUACUCUCUCGCCGGACACCAGCAGUCUGACAUCAAAUGGAAGUUGACCGGAAACUUUGGAGGCGAGGGGUAUGUUGACAAGACGCGAGGGCCCCUGAAUGAGGGAGCGAUGUAUGCUGAGCGGCAGGGGUACCAUCUCCCCGGCGCACCGUCGUCGAACUGGACGGUUGCGUCCCCCUUGGAGGGAAUCACGAGCGCGGGCAUUCAAUUCUAUACGACGAUAUUUGACUUGGAUAUGCCGGCUGGGUACGAUAUUCCGCUUAGCUUUGUGUUUGAGAACGUGACGAACGAGGGGAAGCCGGCGAUCUUUCGAGCGCAGCUGUUUGUGAACGGGUAUCAAUUUGGUGAAUACGUCAACCAUCUCGGCCCGCAGACCCGCUUCCCAGUUCCUGAGGGGAUAUUGAACUACAAUGGCGUGAACACGGUUGCAAUCACCUUGUGGGCAUUCGAAGCGACGGGAGCUCGCCUUCAGGGCCUCCAAAUUUCAGCGGACCAUGUCAUUCAGUCGGGCUAUCGAAAGCCGGGCCAGACGAAACAGCCAGGCUGGGAGACGAGACCUGGGGCUUAUUGA